AUGCAGCAAGUGGGCUUGGUGCAAUGCAUUAUUGUGGAAAGGAAUUUACACUCGUAUUAUCGUCUGCCAAUAUCGGCGGUGCGACGUACCAAUACCACCCAGGAAUAUUAUAUACUCCAGUGCCCGUUCAAGUCUUCGUUACAAAUACCCAAACCCAAGGAUAUGGAUCUGUGCGUAAUUGCAGGCAGAUAUAAAGACGAGGAAAAGGAUAAGCGAGGAGAGAAAAUAAAACCUGUUGUAGAAUUGGCUAAAGCGAAAAAAUAUCCGUCCAACAAGGCGGAGCACAGAAAUCAUGAAGCGCCCAAGGAGGUGAAAUGGAUAAAAAUUAAAAAAAGAAAACCCAAGAAAAUUGUGAUGUUGGUAAAGAAGCCAUCCAAACCGAAGGAAUACUAUAAACGUCCCAAAACAGAAAUCACCGAACAGUACAAAGCCACCAAUGUACGCUUGUAUUUGGAUCAUCCAGCUUCGGCUUCCGAGACUAAAAUUACAGUGAAUGGAAAACCAGUCCAAGUACAUGACUCACUGGCCUCAAGUUCCUCCAUCAAAGCGAAAAUGUUACCAAAACCGCCACCAAGAGAUAAAAAGUUACCCACAACCAAAGAUAUGGAUUUCGUGGAUGAUUACCCGUCUGAAUCUUCAGAAGAAAGAGGUGAAAUGAGUCCAGCCAGUCCAUUGAAAUAUUUAAACACAAAAAAUGUUUUGAAACAAUUGCAAUUGCAUCACAAAGCUAAACCUCAUCAUAGCCAUCCAUUGGAUAAAUCGGAAAAAUUCUAUGCCCAAUCGAAAAACUAUAAAAAAGGUUUCAAAACGAAGGGCUAUCAAAACAUAUCUUCUACUUCUUCGUCCUGCAAAAUGGAUGGACCUUCAACCAGCGCCGAAGCAGCGGCAGCUGGUAAUGGUCCAGAUCCACGCUUGGAACUAAUGGGUUCCUUUGUAAUAAAAUCCCUAAAAUUAAAACCCGAAAAAUGGACACGUGUCAUCACCGUAGAAGAGACCAAGGGAAUUAUAAAAGAAUUCCUUGAUCGUCCCACACCAGUAGUCCUAAUUAUUAUUCUAACACAAUCUGCACAAUUAUUGCCUUCGACCACAUUUCCACUGACACAACUGAAAAGCAAGGGAGUUUAUUUCAUUAAAAAGCACCCAGAGCCAAUACCCCGCGAGAAUUGUAAUCAUUUUAUUAUCAGCGGUGAUUUGGCCACACGGACAAUUGACCAGUUGUCGGCAUUGGUGGAGGAAGUUUUGGUACCUCUGCUAUCGAAUGAGAUCAAUUACAAGAAAUGGCCAUUUAUGGUGGCUCAAGAUGUCCAGAAACAUGUCCACAGUUUAAAGAGUACCGUGCAUCAGGUUAAGGGUCAGGUGAGCGGUGAGACUAUCCUAGCCAUGCCAGUGGGUGUUGAGAAAAUCGUUAAAGCCGCCGCAGCAAUUAGUGAAAACCCACAAUUGCAAAUUGAUUUGUAUUUGAAAAGUGCCAUCGAAGGUGUGGUCAUCAAAUGGGCCACGCAGGUCCAUGAAGUCAUCAAGGAGAAUCCGGCAAAUGCCUUCCUAAAUGGUCAAAAUCCAACACCGACAACGGAAUUUGUUUUCUGGAAUAAUCGUUUGAAAAAUCUUUCGUUUAUUUUUGAGCAAUUGCGUAAUGAGCGCAUUCGGGCCAUGGCCUUGGUUUUGGAACAUUCACGUAGCGCAUAUUUUCCAUGCUUUCAAACGCUAUUUAAAAAUGUAGUUACUGCACUUGCUGAAGCCAAGGACAUUACCAUGUAUCUGAAUCCUUUGAAGAAAUGUGUCCAACAAUUGGAGGAAAUGGAUUUUGCUGAAUGUAAACCUAAUCUAAUACCACUAAUGCAUGUAGUCUGCACAAUAUGGGGUAAUUCCCGUUAUUAUAAUCAUUCGUCGAAAAUCACAAUACUACUUAGACAGAUCUGCAAUUUGAUUAUACAUCAGGCCAAACGCUUUUUGGAUCCCUCUUCGAUAUUCCACAGCGACAUAGAUGAAGCCAUGCAACGACUGACAUUGUCCAUCGAAAUAUUGAAAUUCUUUCGUGCUCUCUUUGAUCACUACAAGGAAAAAAUUGCCGAUUAUUUUAAAGAGCCCGAGGAGAGGCCACCGAUUCAUUGGACUUUUCAUCCUAAUUCAGUUUUCAAACGCUAUAAUGCUUUUCUGGAGCGUUUGACUACGAUUCAAUGGUUCUUCUUCACGGUGAUUGAAUUCUUGAAGCUGGAGAAAGUUGAAAUCGGUGGUCUACGCGGUCGCCAACUGAGUACACGCAUUACGGCCGUUUAUGUUGAGUUCAAUCAAUACUUUACGGCCUUCGCAUCGAAAAGUUAUGAUGUUUUAGAUCCCGAUGAUCUUGAAUUCGAUGUGGAUUUUGAAAAUUUUCAAAUGCGUAUACUAGAGUUGGACAUGAAAUUGGCCGCGAUACUGUGUCAGGCAUUCGACGAUUGUUACAAUUUGGAGAGUAUUUUUAAGCUUAUUAACAUUGUGGGAAGUGUAUUGGAGAGACCCAAGAUCAAGGAACAAUUUACACAAAAAUAUACCGAGAUCGUACGGAUGUUGGACGAAGAGCUGACAGUGUGUGAAGAUAUCUAUGACAAACAAAUGUUUAUGAGAUAUGAUAAUUUGACAUUAUAUCCCGAAUAUAAUUGUCCACCGGCGGCGGCAUUUAUACGCUGGUGUGGUCAGCUGGAACGGAGGAUAACCAUACCCAUGAAACAAUUUCAGGCCUUGCAACAUGAAAUAACCAAAUCGGAACAAUCAUUGGAUAUUAUAAAACGUUACGAACGCCUGCUAUUGAAAAUCGGUGCCAGCCGUUCGUAUGUCUUCGAGGAAUGGACGGAAAAACUAAAUGAACAAAUCGAAACAAAUCUGGAAAAGUCGCUGAUCAAACGUGAUCCCAGUACAAAUCUAUUGAUACUCAAUUUUAGUGCCGAACUAUUCUGCAUAUUGCGUGAGGUACAUUACCUAAAGCAAAUGGAAGUUGAAGGUGUACCGCAGGUGGCCUUAGAUUUCGCUGACAAGGGUGAUGUCUUCCGCACGUACACAUUGAAUUUGGAAAAGACCAUUGAUUGGUAUAAUACCAUUCAAGAGAAUAGUUCUACGGUGGAAUUGAAAAUGAUUGAGAAGGAAAUACGACAGAUCGAUGAUUUGGUUGAGGUUGGCAUUAAUGAAUUGGUAUGGAAUUCGGAAGACAUUCUAACCUAUCUCAAUAAGUUACGACAACCUGUUGCUGCUCUUCAAAAUCGCAUGGAUCAUACACAGGGAAAUCUCAAACAAAUUCGCGAUAUAAUGUCCGUUUGGGUUCGCCAGCCAUUGUUCGAAAGACGGGAUGGAAAAAAAGAUGCUGUACUGUGCAUAGAUGAGCGACCCGAUCGUACCGCCAAACGCUAUGCAGAAAUUCAAGAAGCAUCAGAAAAAAUACACGAACUACUACACGACAAUAUGAUUCAGUUCGAUAUGCAGGAUAAACAAAAUGAUGAAAUGUGGCUCAACUAUGUGGAUUUUGUCGAUAACAUCGUCUACGAAUAUUUGCUAAAGACCGUCGGUGUUAGUGUCGGAUAUAUUGUCGAGAAUAUGGAUCCAGAAAAUAAUUAUGCUCCGCUGUUUGAGGCCCGCCUGGAAUUGGUAGAACCAAAUAUGGUGUUUGUACCCUCUUUGAAUCCUGCCGACAGCAUGGGCUUCAAUAAUAUGCUAAUCGAAUUGGUUCGCGAUAUCCUGAAAAUGGGAACUCUAGUGAAACGCCUUAAGAAAAAUGUCAAGCAGAAUUACGGUGAUAUGAUCAAGGCUAAUCAGGAUAUUAUCGAUAUGCGUAGGGAAAUUCUAAAUGGUGUGGAUUUGGUAAUGGAGGAGGCGGCCAUGUUUUGUCGGCAAUUCGAAAGAUAUUCGUAUUUGUGGUUGGACGAUCGCCAUGAGUGUAUGGAAUAUUUUUUGGAGUAUGGUCGCAUACUCGAUGCCGAUGAAAUCGAACUGGUCAUGCUGAACGAUGCGGCAGCCCCCAAGCCCAGUCCACCCACCAUAGAGGCGUUUCGCGAACAGAUCGACAACUACGAAAGUCUGUACAAUGAAAUUGAAGAUAUUGCACCCUUUCAAGUAUUCAGCUCCUGGUUUCAAGUCGAUGUGCGUCCCUUCAGACAGGCUUUGCUGAAUACUGUGUGCAAGUGGGGCAACAUGUUCAAGACUCAUCUGGUGACGACGGUGACUUCGAACCUCAUGGAUUUGGGUGACUACGAGGGUUUGGUCAGUAUUAUGGCCUAUCUGAUGCAGGUUAAGAGCGUGCCGUAA